AUGAUAAAGGGGAGAACAACUCCACCCCUGCUAGUAGUAGUACUAUGGUCAUUCUUAUGGUCCUUCUCUCUCCUUUGUAAUCGCUCAAGCUGCUUCAGGCAUGGCAGUAGUGAAGCAAAGGGGAUCCUUACAAUAGGCAGAAAAAGAAGUUACUUUCGGAACAGAAGAAAAGUGUUCACCCUGAAGAACUAUGGGAAGGAAUUUUCUGAGCGAGUAAAGAAGCUAAAUCACCUAUCGGAUGUUUUAAAAAUUGAUGCGUACCCAUCGUCCUUCAUAAAAAGAACGACAAAGAUAGACCAGUUGAAGAAGAACUAUGAGCAUUUAAAAAAUGGAGAAAAGGACGACAAGGAAAAGUAUGUGAUAUACGGCCGAGUAACAGUCAAAAGGAACGAUGGAAUGUUCCUGAAUGUGCAGGAUGAUGGUGGCACAGUACAAAUAUAUGUUGAUGCACAUUUGGUGCUUAAAGGGGGAAGCAAAUCAGAGGAAAAAAGGAAUGACUGUCUAGAGGGUGAUGAGGAAAAUGACCAGGGGGGCAAGAAUACCUGUCCAGGUGUAGCGCAAAAUGGGAUUAACUCCUCCAACGAUGAUGGUAAUGCUACACAUGGAGGGGGAAGCCAAUUCGCCUUAGGCAAAGAAGGAGAAACUGCCCACAAGGAAAACGCAAUAAAAGUGAGAAAAAUUAUCGAAGUAGGCGAUUUCAUAGCAAUAAAAGGAUUUGUUCGGAAAUCUCAAAGGGGAGAAAUAACUUUACACGCAGAAGAAAUUGUCCUGCUAGCUAAAGCCUUGCUUCCCUUGCCAGACAAAUACAAAGGAAUGAAGGAUGUUGAAUAUAAGUACAGGAAAAGGUACCUCGACUUUUUAAUCAACAAGGAAGAAAAGGAAAAAAUUAUAACUAGAUUUGAUUUGAUUCAAGAAAUUAGAAAGUUCUUGCUAAAAAAAAAAUACACAGAAGUAGAUACCCCAAUAUUGCAGUCCAUCGCUGGAGGUGCUUCAGCUAAACCAUUUGAAACGUUCCUAAAGAACUUAAAUUUAGUGCUCUACUUAAGAAUAGCACCUGAGCUCUUUUUAAAAAAAUUAAUCAUAAGUGGAAUUUCAGAACAAAUUUUCGAAUUCAGCAAAUGCUUCCGCAAUGAAGGCUUAAGUACCAUACACAACCCUGAGUUUACACUUCUCGAAAUUUAUAAGGCCUACUCUAAUUAUAAAUAUAUGAUUACAUUUGUUGAAAGGUUAAUAAAAACAGUGUCGAAGAAAUUUUCUCUUCCUUCCAGUAUCGAUAAGUCUUUGUUGUACGAAAAGAAAUGGAAAAGAAUUUCCUUCAUGAAAAUAGUAAAGGAUUACACCUCUGUAGAUUUUCUUAACCUGCCGUUCGAUCAAGCUUAUAAUGAAGCAAAAAAAUUAAACGUAACUUUUGAUCAAGGGAAGGAACACUUAAAUUGGGGAUUAGUCGUUGAGGAGGUCUUUAAGCGAAAGGUAGAACCUUUUUUAGGUAACGAGCCUGUUCAUAUAUAUCACCUCCCUGCAGAAACUUCCCCUCUGGCCAAAACGUUAAGCAAGAAUAAAAAGUUGUCCGAACGGUUUGAAACGUACAUUGGGAAGAUGGAAAUAGCGAAUGGCUACUCGGAGGAGGCCAACCCUCUAAUGCAGGAAAGGAAGUUUAUUUCUCAAUAUACCUUAAAGCAUAAAAAGUGUGAAGAGGGAAGUAUCAGCACCACAGGGGGGUUUGCUCCUCCGGAUGAUGCUUCUUCAGGUGAUAACCGGGGGGAUGCAAACCAAGUGAGUACGCCCUCUGGUGAGAAUAUUCCCCAAGGACACGAACAAAUUAGCUCAAAAAUGCAACAUAUGCAAAAUGUCAAUAACCAAAUUGAUUACGAUUAUGUAACCGCCCUGGCGCAUGGCUUACCCCCAACGGGAGGCCUCGGAAUAGGCAUAGAUCGCUUGUGCAUGUUGCUGACAAAUUCCAGUUCGAUCAAAAACGUGUUACCAUUUCCAAUAAUAAAGCCACAUUGA